AUGGAACACGAAUACGUGCUUGAUAGAACGCCAGAAAAAAACAGCAGAUACUUGAAGGAGAGGAUGGUCUGUGCAGUGACAGGGGAGGAAGUGGAGAUGGAGUACGUGGAGGGAAGAAAGAUAGGCUCAGGGACUUUUGGCCUUGUGUUUCUCAUUAUUCUCGGGGGAGUCUCUGGAUAUGCGCUGAAAAGAGUCUUUGAGAAGAAGAGCUACAUGAACAGAGAGCUGGAAAUACUGAAGAACAUUUCGCACCCGUCGAUUGUAAAGAUGUUCUGGUACUUCUACGGGACAAGAACAGAAGAAGGCGUGUAUUUAAACAUUAUUAUGGAGUAUGUGAAAACAGAUGUGUACACUUUUAUUAAAAAUAGAGAGUAUGUGGGAAGAGAUGACUACAUUGCGUAUGCUGUGCAGCUGCUGGAUGGCCUGUCGUAUCUGCACUCGAAGGGAAUAGCGCACAGAGACAUAAAGCCAUCAAAUAUUUUGAUAGAUGAAAAAGAAAAAAUACUGAAGAUUUGCGAUCUUGGCAGCGCAAAAAUGAUAGUAAACGCAGAGAACAAUGUGAUCUACAUCUGUUCAAGGUACUACCGCGCGCCUGAGAUACACCUGGGGAAGGAAUACGAUCUGAAAAUAGACGUGUGGUCUGCAGGGUGCGUGCUGUUUGAGAUGGUUACGCAUCAGAUCCUCUUUGGAGGAGAAAGUGCUGAAGCGUGCCUGGCGAGGAUUAGAUAUGUGCUGAAACACAGGACACUGUCCUAUCUAAUGGAGAAGGCGUCAAGACACGAUCUCCUGGACUGUCUCGAUAUUAUUGAGAAAAUGCUUUCUUUCGACCCUGAGACAAGAAUAAGCGCAGAGGACGCUCUAAUGCAGUUCAAGAGUCUUCAAACAAAACAGAACGAGUGGGUGUAA